CCUUCCCUACCCCCGUUCUUGCUUGCGCAGGCCUGGCAGUGGGAGCGUGGCUGCUGUCAGUGCAGUAAGGUCACAUGUAUUUGAAGCCCCUGUUUGCACUGGGACUGCCUCAUGUUGCGUGAGGAGUUGGGAGGGGGGUGAGGAGAGCUGGGAGGGCUCUCUGCUCUUCCUGUUGCAGCUAUCCUAUACUUCUUGCAAAGCAAAAAAAAACACUGUUUCUGCUUCUUGUGGGAGCUUUUGUGGAUAUUAAUAUGUACUAGCUAAGCCUCAGAGAUAAAUGUCUAAGCUCCAGUUGGUUAUUCUGACUUGAACGAAACUCCUGUGCAUGUGCAGGGGCUCAUUCUGGUUAGGAUUUUCCCCAGGAAUCCUUGGGGAUGCUGCCUGUGUUGCUGGGUCAGAGAAUUUUACCCAGCUGGGUUCACAGCUGACCUCCGUUGGCUGUGCCUGGGCAUAUCUGUGCUUUCACUGCUGCCACUCCUACACUUUUCCCCUCACCGUCUCUCCCACUGACAGCCCGACCUUAUCACACCUCUGCAAGCAUUCAUUAACUGUUUCCCUGAAUGAUUAGCUAGUCCAAAACGUCUGUACCGCAUAGAGAAUAUUCCUAGAGCCCUGUGCUUUAAUGUGGGACCUCAUUAGUCCCACAAUUGUGUGAAUGGGCUACCCUUUGGCAUACAAUUAGUGUACACCGUUUAGCUUUCUGGUUGCAGCAAGGCUUUGGGUAUCCUGACCAGGAAGGUUCUGGUGCCAGGAGCUCUGAGGGGAGUGUUUGGUUGGGCUCUUUAUUUAACAUCACAUUCUCCUGUACAAGGGAAAAACAAAGGAAAGCAAACUUGGUAAGGGAAUUUUCAGAGGUGGCCGCAGCUAUGGUGUUGGAUUUGUGCCUGUUCUCAUGCAUGAAGAGAGUUUGAGAGGAUUUCAUUGUCCAGCUGCUUUUUUCAAUCCUUAAUUUCCUGGUAUCAGGAAUGCCAGAUGAGAGGGGCUCUGCCCCCUCCCCGCUUCCUCUGUCACUGGAAACAUGCUAAUCUUCCCUCCUCUGUGUAAAACCUGCAUUUUUAACACGGAAAAUGCACCCCCUCUUUCUUUCCUUCCUGCCAGGAGUGCUUGUGCCUCUCAGUGUUGUGUUACCUUUAGCAUUGCAAACCGAAGAGCUGCAGUGCUGGAGCUGCUCAGCCUGCCAGGGGCUGAGGGGUGGCUGUGAGUGGGGCAGGCAGCACUGUGCUGCUGCCAGGGUUGUUGGCACAGGGCUAUGGGGACCUGGAGUGCACCAGCAGCACUGGGAAUCCUCUGCUGGAGACAGAUGAGUGGGAAAGAGGAAGGGCACGGCAUGCUGCCUUGGACAUCUUUGGCAGCUGUUGUAUUCGUGGGGCAAGGAGGAAACAGAGCUGGAGAGGGUUUCUGGUGUGGAUAAGGGGAGCAAAUAAAGCAGGUCAGCCACAGAACAUUUCUUCUCUAAAACACUGGUUUUGGAAACGAGGGUUUUUGUUUGGUUUUGGUUUGUUUCCGUGUUCCUCUGUGAGAAUCCUCUGCUGAUGGGACAAAGAAUUGUCCUGGGGUGUGGCCUUGGGCUUCCUGAGCUAGCAGGAUCUUGGAGGGCUGCACGUGUGGGAGUGGGACUGGGCCUCCAUGGGGAGGUCUGGCAGCACAGAGCAGCUCUGCCUGCUCCUGUGAAGCGUAAGUUUGCAAGUGUUUCUCGAAUCUCUUCAGCACCUCGUGCAUCUGUUGUAUUUGGAGAUAUCCUGCUUUAAAUCCUGGACAAAAAUCUGCCAACAGUCAAAAAUGACUUGAGUGGAAGAGCCACUGUUUUGUCCAACAGGACCAGCUUCCUGCCCUGUGCUCACUGUCCCAUUUGGAUGCAACAUACACUAUGGUUCACAUCAAUGUGCUGAAAAAAUUUAUGUGUGUUCUCGUGGUGAUACUGAUAGCUCUGACAGUUUGCCUGUGGAAAGAGACAAAAGGAAGCUACUAUGUUCCUUUCAAGAAUGAUGAUACACAGGUUCACAGGACUUUGGAAAAAUGGAACCUACUUAAAUCACAGGGCCUCUUCCACGAAGCUGCUGGUGAAAUGGGUCAGAUGCCUAAAGUUUUGCCCAACAACCAAAAUAAAGUAAAAGGCAUCACCUCUGGAGUAGUGGAGAAGUCCAGGAAAGCAGCAGACCAUGUGAAGGUAUGGGAUAAGGACAGCUCAUCCAGAAACCUCAUACCCAGGCUGCAGAAGGUCAGGAAGAACUACCUGUCCAUGAACAAGUACAACGUGACUUACAAUGGGAAGAUGAAUGCUGCUAAACUCAGCCCAGAGAAGCUGCUGUGCCAGCUGCGGGACAGGGUGAACGUGACCAUGAUACAGGGAUCAGACGGCCCGUUUAAUUCCUCAGAAUGGCAGCACUACCUGCCAGAGAAAAGCCUCAAUGAAACAGUGGGCCGCCUGGGUCGCUGUGCUGUUGUGUCCUCUGCAGGCUCUCUGAAAUCGUCUCACCUGGGACCAGAGAUAGACAGCCAUGAUGCCGUCUUGCGGUUUAAUGGGGCUCCUGUCAAGGGAUUUCAAGAAGAUGUGGGUCAAAAAACAACGAUUCGUCUUGUUAACUCCCAGCUGGUCACUGUUGAGGAGCAGCAGUUCCUGAAAGAUGCUCUGUAUAACACUGGAAUCUUGAUUGUCUGGGAUCCAGCGCCGUAUCAUGCAGAAAUACAUGAGUGGUACCGAAAACCAGACUACAAGUUUUUUGAAGCCUACAAGUUGUAUCGUAUUAGACAUCCGGAGCAGCCCUUUUAUAUCCUGAAUCCAAAGAUGCAGUGGCAGCUCUGGGAUAUUCUGCAGGAGAAUUCCCUGGAGCAUAUUCAGCCUAACCCACCGUCUUCGGGAAUGCUGGGCAUUGUGAUCAUGAUGACGCUCUGCGAUGAGGUGGAUGUGUAUGAAUUUCUCCCUUCUAAGCGGCAGACGGACAUUUGCCACUACUACCAGAAGUUUCACGACCGUGCCUGCACCAUGGGAGCUUACCACCCUCUCUUGUUUGAGAAAAACUUGGUGAAGCAUUUAAACCAAGGCACUGAUGAGGACAUCUACACUCACGGGAAGGUUACUUUGCCCGGCUUCCGAAAUGUACAUUGCUAGCAAAUCAGUUUUUAUUGUAUUCAGACUUUUGCCUUGACUGUCAAAGCACUUUGAAAAUCAGGGUUGUCGUAUUUGUUAGGUCCAAGCACUGGUGUGUUUUGACAGCUCUUCCUCGUUGCGACACUUAAGACUCUUUGGCAUAGCUUCUCCAAACUGGAAGGCAGUGCAAUACGUUGUGGUACAUCCACACACAGUGUCUGUGUGAGCCUCUGCAAUAAAUGUCUUCCUCGUGGGGCUGGGCUCAUGCAGCUGGUGGAGUCUUUGGCUCAACUGAUGAUGCUGUAUGGGAAUCACAGGAGAUGCUUUCUAAGCAGAGACUGCAUCAGGCCGAAUCAAGUGCUGAUAAAGUUCAGCUUGCUUCAAAGGAGUUCUGACAGCUGAAAGCCUCAUCUGCUGAGAAACAAGAGACAUUCUUUGACGCUUGUUCCCAUCGCCCUGGAGCUCUUUGGAGCAGUGAUUUAAGGAAUCACUGUUAAAGCUGGGUACUGAUAAACUCAAUUCCUAGUCCAAAAUAUUUGAUUUUACCAUUAAAAUAAGCAAGGUAACUACCUUUCAAAAUACAAGGCUUUUAAAUCAUCUGGUUGGCAUUUUUGGCAUAUGAGAAGGGAGGCAAUUCAUGAUUCAGGAAUUUCUGCAAGAUAUUUUUAGACAUUUUAGUGGAGCUUUUUUUUUUUUUUUAAUAAUAAUUUUAAGCAAGUUUUACUGACCAUUUACUUCUCCAGUACAGUGUCGUGUUUGGUACAAAAGAAGCCGUAUUUUGAAAAUGUUUUGGUGGUGGUGUUGAAAGGCACAGAUGGAAAAACUCACUGGAAGCUGGUACUUCUUUCUAACUCUCUGCUAAUCUACCUCUGUAAUUAUUGGCAAAUUGUCUUCUGUCUUGUCUCCAGUAACAAAAAAGCCACAUAGCAGCUGGAUGGAUGAGAUGCAGGUCUCUACAAGCUAACCAGGGCCAUCUCAUUGCUGCUGUGUGCUUUCUGAAUGCAUGGCGAGCAGAUACAUUGCCUCCAUUCUUCAUCAGCAGUGAGGAAGGAGAGAGUGCUCUGCUCCCCAUGCUGGAACUCAGGCAGAAGGGAGCAGGGCACCUUUUCUCUCUCAUGUAGCCUCAUGGUGGAAGCAGCAGCUCUGCAAUCUCUGUGCGUCACUGAGAACACCUUCUGAGUCCUUUUCCAUACUGAUGUAUUCUGUGGUUAUCUGUAAAGAAAACCUUUUCUUCUGCUGUUUUGAAUAAAUCCUGUGAAGUCACUGGCCCAUUCUUACCUUGGUGAAACCAGUGUAAAUGUUAUUCAUGGAACAUGGGGCCUUGUGCCAGAGCAGGUGGGAACUGCGAUGUGCUCCUUUUGGUGAGCAUGUGGCCCUUAUCUGCUCCUUGGUGGGUGUUCUUUGUUGGAUCUGUCACUGAUAGAGACACGUUGGGGUUUUUUUGUUUAAUUUUAAAUGAUGAUCCUUACUACUGCUAUUGUCCAGGGGCACUUCUGUCUCAUUAGGCAUUUGGUUUCUUUCCUUACGCUGAGCUGUUAGGGAAAGAUCUUGGAGCUUCUCCUGCACGUAGCACUUUACUGCUGACUUUGUUCCGUGUGUGGUGAGCAGACCUGGUUCAUCUCUCACCUGGGAAAGGUGGGAGAUGAACAGAGAAAAGCUGACCUCUGGGAUGGUUUGGCAAAAUGUAUUUCUAGUGCAGUUUCUUUCCGUUGAAGUCUCUGACAGCAAGAGGAGAUGCAGCUUGUAAGUAUAUAAUGCUGAAUUUACUUCCUGACUUAUUUUCUUCAUGAAGCUGAGUAGCUUCAUAAGCUGGCAUAAGGGGAUGCACAUGGAUGAGUACCUUCUUGCUGCAGCUGCUUUUGAAUUCAGAAGUCCAGCAGCAGAAGGAAGACCCUGCCAUGCUGUCAACGUGAUGCUGAAAAUGAUUUUCAGUGUGAUACAGAACUGGGUGGAGAGAGAGAAGGGGAGGAGCGAAGGGAGUUGACUGAAAGUGCUGUGGUUUGCUGUAAGAAACUUCUGGCAGAAAUUAGAUCUCUUUAAACAGAAACAGAUACUUCCCAAAGUGCAGUGAACUUGUUUUGCUGUCUGCGUGCCAGUGCUGAGCGUGCAGCCUAUUUUGAAGGCCAGCGUGCUUUGAAAGCUGUCUUUCUGGGAACAAACCCAGUCUGAAGUGCCUUUAUUUCCAUUCAUGCCGAAAUCUUGCAGUGCUUUUUCUGCCUGGCCCUGGAGUCCUUUACAAAAACAGUAGUACAGCACUUCCAGGAGCCCACAGAACUAAAAACACUUGAAAAAAGAGGCUUUUCAGUAGAUGCUGAUGGAUGUUUUUCAUGUUAGAAAAAGUUUCAGCCUGGGCAUUCGUAAUUUGCAGUUCCAAAGAAUUCUGACAUCUCACGUGGGUUGGUAAAGAUGCUGGACUGGCAAUCAACUUGCACUGACAGACCAGCAGGAGCUCAAAGAAUUGCUGUUGCAGACAGCUAUAAAUGGCAGAAACCACCUCAGUGUCUCCUUGGGGAAGAGGGACUUGGGAGGCCUUCAAAGCUGGGUUGGGUGCAGCGCUGGGCACCUCAUCUGCUGGGUGGCAGGGGGAGCUGGAACUGGAUGGCCUUUGAGGUCCUUCCCAACCCAAGCCAUUCUAUGGUUUUAUGAUAGCAUUAGUGGGGUCGUGGGUAUCUGCACAUGAAAGAAAACAGGACCCUUCUCCUUUGUGUGACGUGGCGUGGGGAGAUGGGUGACUUGUGGCCCUGCAGGUGGCUGUGCCUGUGCUGUAGCGCUGGGGCAAAGUGAGCCAGCAGCAGGGGGUGGUUGAUGGGAUGUUCCUCCUUGUUUUUGUCCCUUUUUGUACGAUACAGCAGCAGCAUCUGUGGUAGAAAAUAUACUUUUAGUGCAGUGGGGAAAAAUAGCAAAUGCGUCGCUUUGGUGGUAUGUGUGCAGAAGGAAGUGGUAUGUCAAGGCUACUUUCAGCACUGUUCACCAUAAAAGGGACAAUAAAGAAAUGUCUUUAAAUUCAGUUCAUCAGUUCUUUGACAGAGCUGUUAGUUUAACCCAAACGUGUGCUGUCCAGGAGCGGGCAGGUCGCAUCCACUGUGACAGCCUGCAGGGCUUCCUGGGGCUUGGAGGGCUCCAGAUCCAGUCCUUAAGCUCAGGCAAUAGGAUUUGGGAGUUCAAGAGGAAAGGAACCAUAGAGUCACGGAAUUCCAAGGUUGGAAAAGACCUCUAAGGUCAUCUGGUCCAACUGGAAUCGCUACCAUGUAGGCA